CCAAGAAGUUGAACCAAUGGCACCCAAUGAUCACUUCCACUUACUCCUCCUCUCCGGCUCCAUUCUGCUCUCCGUCCUCGCCGUCUCCGCUGCCGUGGACUACAAGUGCCGGCCGGGGGUGGCCUUCCCGCACAACCCGCUCGCUACAUGCCGCCCCUAUGUGCUGAACCGGGCCUGCGGCCGUGGGCUCGGCCUCCCCAUGCUGGUGAAGGAGUGGUGCUGCCGGGAGCUGGCGGUAGUCUCGGGGCGGUGCCGGUGCGAGGCGCUGCGCGUCUUCAUGGACGGGGUGCGCGCGGAGGGGGGACGCGUGGUGGAGGGCCAACUCGGUGGCCUGCGCGGCUGCCCGACGGAGGUGCAGAGGGGCUUCGCCGCCACGCUCGUCACGCCGGCGGAGUGCAACCUGCGCACCAUAUCGGGGGGCACUUGGUGCUAGUACUAGCUGAUGGAUCCUCAACUGCCAGAGUACUCAAGUUGUCGAUCUAGUAAUUACUUACUACUAUUACCGUGUACUACAUAAAAGUACUCCUCAAGUGAAGGCCAUGAAAGCAAUGCUUGAGUUGUAUGCCUAUAUGAACAAUGGCGAGUGGGCUGUUGAUGAAUAAAGGGUUUUCAUGACC